AUGCAAUCGCGUACACAAGACGCCUCUUCAAAUCAAGAAGAGAUUAGACGACAGAUCGCUGCCCUUCAGGCCCAGCUGUUGCCGUCUCCCGAGAGAACCAAGUCCAAGCCUGCUGAAGAGCCAAGUGGCCCCACAAAACGUGUGCUGGUAGCUGGAAGUCCUUCUCCAAAGAGGCGUAAACUUCAGCAUGAUACACAAUUGAAGUCUCAAAACAGGCAGGAGGGAAGCAACAGUGGAAAGCCGAAACCUAUAGCUGCCCCGGCCUUUAAGCCCCCUUCCCCGCCUCGGGUUUCUGCUGUUGCGGCGGCUGCAUCGGCAUUUCAAACCAACCGCACUGCCCGAAUUAAGGAUGAAAAAGAGCCAGUUGUGCGAUCCACAUCGUUUGCCCAACCCCUACCGGUGGAUUGUGUCACGCAGACGAGGAAUGAUGAUAUGACAGUUAAAGAAGAACUACCACUCGGUCCAAUCGACCAUCCCGCUUCCUUCGAUGACCCUCGCUGGGAAAGACGGGAACCAUAUUCUGGAAUUCAUCUUUCAUCUCGAAAAUUACCGUUUGAGGAGUUCCAAGAAUUUAUGUAUGGUCGAGUCUAUCUUUCCCCCUCUAAACUGUAUUCUGUUGCUCGACUUUCCCCCGAUCGCUCUGGUUAUGACGUGCCUGUAGAGGGUGACUGGGUUACUAUCGCUGUCGUAGCGGAAAGAGGGCAAGUGCAGGUCUCGAAACGAGGAAAUCGAGGGGCUCCACAGGGGAAGAGAGGCGAUAAUUCGGCUGUUGGUCAAAACGCCGGGGAAGAUGAAGACGAGGAUUCUCGGCCUACCUCUCGCGAAAAGAAGUACAUGCGCCUCUUACUUGUCGAUUUCGGCCAUCGUGCAUCCGAAGAGAAACCAACACCAAAGGAGCAAACGAAGGGUGAUGCCCUACUGAAUAUGCUCUUGUUUGAAGCAGACUCGGCGAAGACCGAGGAUGGGCAGGCUACUAGAAGCAAUGGAAGGGGGGUCACUUACAAAGGGGGCAGUGGAGGUGCUUUUGAAGCAUGCGCCAAGCUGAGGGAAGGCGCCGUUUUGGCCAUCCUCAACCCUCGUAUUUUGAAGCCUUUCCAGCGGAACACUGGUAACCCACAUCCUCGUGAUAACGCUCUGGCCAUCACUCCGGAGAACGCUGAGUCCAUUGCUGUACUAGGCUAUUCUCGGGAUCUUGGAUCAUGUCGCGCCAUUAAGAGAGAUGGAAAACCUUGUGGUAGUUGGCGCAUCUCUGAUGUAUGCGAAUAUCACAUCCAAGACGCCAUCAAAAGCAAGAGAGCGGCUCGACCUGAAUUUUCGGCAGGAACGAUGAACCUUUCUUCCUUGAAUUCACAAGGCGGGAAAGGUGGGAAGUUUGGAAAACCAGCAUACGAUCCAUCUCGUAAGUGGGGAUUAACACCGUCCACUGGGCAACAAAACGCUGCCGCAUCGUCCGAAUCCGCUAGACUUGGCGGAGGCGCCACAUAUGUUGUUGACGGACGGGUAUUCUCUGGAUUCGAUACGGGUGGCAUUGAUGCCGAUGCUGCGCGUCUAAAAGGGCUGAGAAAGAAAAAAGAAGAAGAAUUAGCCAUUGAAGAGAUCAUCCGGAAGGACGGAGGCAAAACCCCAGCUGCGCGAAUCCUGAAAAUGGGCGCAGCACACUUGAAAUCGCUCGAUUCUACCAGUACUAGUGUUUCAACUAGUGAUGUUCCCGACGAUCAACUUGGCGAAGCCAACGAAACGCCGAAGAAAGUGUAUUCAGCGGAUCUAGUAAAGAGUAUCGGGUUCGAUCCGUCUCGUCGCUCUGGUAAUAACGGGAGACCCAAGGAAGGCGGGGGGGUCCGACAGUUGGUUGCGAAACUGGAUCGUUCAGUAAUUUUGGGACCGGCCCCUGGAUCCAAGCGUAUGCGCUCGAACGUCACGUCUCAUUUCGCCCCUUCUCGAGAAAAAGAAGCUGAGGAUGGCGAAAAAGAUACUGGGGAGGUACCAGGGGCAGGAUUAAAUUUAGAUUCAGACUCAGAUUCGGACUUGGAGAUUGAAGACUGA